UCCUCAGAGCUGUUCCUGCCGCCUGUCAGUCCGAGCCCCGCCAUGGCCGCCGCGCUCCAGCCCCUCCGCGCCCUCAGCCGCGCCGCGAUGGAGCCCCGCGCCCGCCGCCUGCACCUCAGCGCCGCUCGCGGGGACGCCGUGGUGAUCUCGGGCAGGAAGCUGGCGCGGCAGAUCCGGCAGGAGGCGCGGCACGAGGUGCAGCAAUGGGUGGCUGCCGGCAACAGGAGGCCGCACCUGAGCGUGGUGCUGGUGGGCGAGAACCCGGCCAGCCACUCCUACGUGCUCAACAAAACCAAAGCGGCGGCUGAUGUGGGGAUCAGCAGCGAGACCAUCCUGAGGCCGGCCUCCAUCAGCGAGGAGGAGCUGCUGGAGCUGAUUGCCAAACUCAACGGUGACGCGGCCGUGGACGGGCUCCUGGUGCAGCUGCCCCUGCCUGAGCACAUCGACGAGCGCCGCGUGUGCAACGCCGUGAGCCCGCACAAGGACGUGGACGGGUUCCACGUGCUCAACGUGGGCAGGAUGUGCCUGGACCAGGACUCCAUGCUGCCCGCCACGCCCCGGGGCGUCUGGGAGAUCAUCCAGAGGACAGGGAUCCCCACGCUGGGCAGGAACGUGGUGGUGGCGGGCAGGUCCAAGAACGUGGGCAUGCCCAUCGCCAUGCUGCUGCACACCGACGGCAGCCACGAGCGGCCCGGAGGUGACGCCACGGUGACGAUCUCGCACCGCUACACGCCCAAGGAGCAGCUGAAGCAGCACACCAUCCGCGCCGACAUCGUGGUGGCCGCUGCAGGCAUCCCCAACCUGAUCACGGCUGACAUGAUCAAGGAGGGCGCGGCCGUCAUCGACGUCGGCAUCACCCGCGUGCAGGACCCGCUGACGGCCCGGCCCCGCCUCGUGGGCGACGUGGACUUCGAGGGGGUGAGGAAGAAGGCGAGCUACAUCACACCCGUGCCCGGCGGCGUGGGGCCCAUGACGGUGGCCAUGCUGAUGAAGAACACCAUCAUCGCUGCCAAGAAACUGCUGAAAACCUGUGAGCUGCAGGCUGUGCCUGCCUAAACUGGGCUGGGCUUAACCAGGGAUCCCUCAGAGCUGGGUUUAACCAGGGAUCCCUCAGAACACCAUCAUGGCUGCCAAGAAACUGCUGAAAACCUGGGAGCUCCAGGCUCUGCCUUCUUAAACAGGGCUGGGCUUAAUGAGGGGUCCCUCCAAACCAGGUUUAAUGAGGGGCCUCACUGAACUGGGUUUAAUGAGGGGGGUCCCUGCGAGCCUGGCUUAAUGAGGGGUCCCUCAGAACACCAUCAUGGCUGCCAAGAAACAGCUGAAAACCUGUGAGCUCCAGGUUGUGCCUGCCUAAACAAGGCUGGGCUUAUCCAGGGGCCCCUCACAGCCAGGCCUAACAAGCGGCCUCUCAGGGCCAGGUUUAAUGGGGGGGGUCCUUCAGAGCCAGGUUUAGUGAGGGGUCCCUCUGAACACCAUCAUGGCUGCCAAGAAACUGCUGAAAACCUGGGAGCUCCAGGCUCUGCUUGCCUAAACUGGGCUGGGAUUAAUGAGGGGUCCUUCAGAGCCAGGUUUAAUGAGGGGCCUCACUGAACUGGGCUUAAUGAGGGGGGUCCCUGUGAGCCUGGCUUAACGAGGGGUCCCUCUGAACACCAUCAUGGCUGCCAAGAAACUGCUGAAAACCUGUGAGCUCCAGGCUUUUUUUGAGCCUAAACUGGGCUGGGCUUAUCCAGGGAUCCCUCAGAGCCUGGCUUAACCAGGGAUCCCUCUGAACUGGGCUUAAUGAGGGUCCCUCAGAGCCUGGUUUAAUGAGGGGUCCCUCAGAACACCAUCAUGGCUGCCAAGAAACUGCUGAAAACCUGGGAGCUCCAGACUGUGCCUGCCUAAACAGGGCUGGGAUUAAUGAGGGGUCCUCCAAACCAGAUUUAAUGAGGGUCCCUCAGAGCUGGGUUUAAUGAGGGCCCCUCAGAGCUGGGUUUAAUGAGGGUCCCUCUGAACUGGGCUUAAUGAGGGCCCCUCAGAGCCAGGCCUGACCUCGCCAUUCCAGCCUGCCAGGCCGACAGCAAAUGCAAUAUUUCAAUAUUUGUUAUUUAUUGUCCUUUCCCCAGCCUGAGCUCACAGGGAUUGGCUGAGCUGGGAUUAUCCAAACUCCUGCUUGGUUUUGGGCUGGGAUUAUCCAAACUCCUGCUUGGUUUUGGGAUGGGAUUAUCCAAAUUCCUGCUUUGUAUCCACACUCCAAUUUU